AUGCGUCUGCUAAAGACAAGAACUAUUACAAGUUCUGUUACAUCCUGCCUCAAGGAUGGUAGUAUCAAGUGUGAUACUACCACAGGUGAAUGCCCGCCUUGUAUUUAUGCAUUGGAAAAUACCUACACAUGCUGGAAGAAAGACAAUUCAACCAAUACGUGUCCCUUCACAGGCGUUCGUUACGAUUGCUCCGACUCAUGGAGCUCUACGACGACUAUUAGCAGCGAGACACCGAGUGACCCGGCCAUCGAUACUUCCAGCUCAACCACAGUCUCCUCUCCCUCGUCAUCAUCGUUGUCUGGGAUCAGCGCUGACGCAUCAAGCUCUUCUAUCGCCAUAGGUAGACUUAGCUCGAGUCUUAUCACAUACGGAGCCAUCAGUUUUGGAGCAUUUCUUGUCCUCGUUAUUCUCGUUGUUCUCUGUGCACGGAGACGAAAAAUGCGAUACCGUCGCGAAGAGGACAUUGCAGCUACAGAGGCUGGCAAUUUUGGUCGCAACCGUACUUCGUCGGAUCGGCGCCUUCGUGGUCUAAUGAAGGCACGUGACGACACGUUAUCUGGUCCGUACAACAACGUUUUGGACACUAGCAAAGUUAAUUAUGCCGUACCUAGCGUAAACCCCAAACAUGGUAAACGUUAUGGUGGUCAACACAAGGGAUCACAUAUUGACGAUUCCCUGUCCCGCGUGCCGACUGACGAGUCUCCUCGUAGCUUUGAUGGUAUGUUAGCCGACUCGUCGGACUCUCCUGCCUUUCUAGGCAAAAAGACUAGCUCCCAAAGGAGUGGUGGACACAGCGCUCAGGCGACUCCUAUUGUCCAAGGCAUUGGCAAAUACUCGGACGUGAGUAAUUAUGUACAUCAGGACGUGUCCUUCCGCUGCACGUCCACUCCCGACGUCUUUGGUGAGUAUUUGCGAAUGAAACAGGAGAUGCACUUUGAUGAAAGUGGCGGUAAUAAUAUGGGCAGAAGGAAAAGCUUAAGCUUCAGCGACAUUAGCAGUGACUUAGGCAGUAGCAAGUCUUCUUUUGAGUCGUCUGGAGGAACUAGUCAACUGCCGCAGCGGCGACUGGACCAAGACGGACGGUUUUCAAUGGCCGAUUCCAUUACCGACUCUAUUGCCGAUUCGGUCACAGACUCAGAGUAUGCCGAGCAACUACGAACGCGCGGCGAGAGCGAUUGUUUUAGCGAGAUGUCUUACAACGACGAGAGGUAUUCGUUUAGCAGUGUCGAAGGCUUAGAUGAUAGUCAGGUACGAGAGAGCAAGCGUGAAGUCGAGAUUUAA